UAAUGCGACUCGGGGCUAUGUUAAUGUCUGCAUGUGAAUGUUUGUUGUGAUGUAUAAAUAUUGGAAAUUUAGAAAAUAAUCGAAAAUAAAAAUGAAUGUUGAACAAGAAGUAGCGAAGCUAGCUAAACAACUGGAUAAGAUUGUCUCUGAGGAGAAUUCUAGUCAAGAGGUUGCUGUUGAUCUAUUGAAGACACUUAAAGAUCUCCCGAUAACACUGGAUGUGUUGCAGAAAACAAGAAUUGGAAUGGCAGUAAAUGUUCUAAGAAAGUCCAGCACAAGCGCUGAAGUGCAGACCAUUUCAAAAGGUCUAAUAAAGAGUUGGAAAAAAUUACUAACAGAUAAGGAAAGCUCUAGCAACAGCAAGGGGGAGACUGAGUCUGAGAAACCAUCCAGCAAAUCUAAGUCUUCAGAGACCACUGUCAAAAAUGAAGUGGAAAAGAAAUUUGUGCCAGCGACCAAUAAUGAUGUGAGACAGAAGUGUCGAGAAAUGAUUAAGAAUUCCUUAAAAUCAUCAGAAGAGGAGGGUUGUGGAGAUGCAGAGAGUAUAGCUGGUGCUAUUGAGCAUUGUAUUUUCGAAGAAUUUAAUGAUACAAAUACAAAGUACAAAACGAGAGUUCGUAGCAGGGUUUCAAAUCUUCGUGAUGCAAAAAAUUCAAAGCUUAGAGAAGCAGUGUUGAAUGGUGAAAUACCACCAGAACGAAUGGCGAAAAUGACGGCAGAGGAAAUGGCAAACGAUGAAAUUAAAACUUUGCGAAAGAAAUUCACGAAAGAAGCGAUCAAUGAUGCUCAAAUGGCGGUGACAGCAGGAACACCGACGGACCUUUUCAAAUGUGGAAAAUGUCAGAAAAGGCAUUGUACUUACACACAGGUUCAAACGCGAAGUGCCGACGAGCCGAUGACAACGUUUGUGUACUGUCAAGAGUGUGGCAACAGAUGGAAGUUCUGCUAAUGACGUCAUCAUGGCGAGGUUCCCGUAUGCUGCAAGCUCAUCGACUGGGGAGAAAGAUUUAGAGUUUUGUGAUAGGACACUGUUUAACAAAUUAUAGGAGAAUUUCCUAGUAUUUCUCAAGUAUUUUACAAGCGGCUGGUUGUAUGAAAGCCGGAUAACGCUAUCCACUGGAUAGUGGUUUUUUCAAUCGCUCUGAAAUCGCCCGUGAUUUGGUAUAACUUUGAUUAAAUCUUAGGUAUUACUAAAUCGAGGACCUCUUUAAUAAUUGUUGGUUGCAAAGUUGAAAUUUUAUCGCUUUUCAAGCAUUUAUAGUACGAUUGAAGACAAUCACUAUCCGGCUUUCAUACAACCAACCCCAGAUGUACAAAGUUAGACUUCAUGGAUUGUAGAGUGUAGCUGCUAAUUGCUGUUUUUUUGCCAUGGAGAAACUCCCUUGAUUUUAUGAAAAACUACAGCUUCCGUCACGCGACAUGUUAUUUAAGUCUUAAAUCUUCUCGACUGUUGAAACAUUUAUAGAGUUACGAUUUAUAUUAUAAUGUGUUAUGGUAAGAUUUGUGAUGUUGUUUUUCUAAUAAAUAGCGGUUGCUAAAGGA